AUGAGAGCCCGUGUCUACUGUGAAGACUUUCUGUUCCCAAAGGUGCACAGGACCGCAGCAGAUCUAUGGUCAAUUUACUCCAAGCCUGUCCCAGCAAAUGGCAGAGAGCUCUGGACCUUGUUUCUGCAGUGUUCCUGUGUUACAGUGGUGAUAGGAGGCCUCUUUUACAACUGGAUGUUUGCUUCGCUGGAGUACUCCUGGCAUCUCUCCAUUAUAAUGGCCAUCUCCUUCAGUCUGCUCCUUCUCCUGACCCUUUUCUUGGUACAUCCUGCCCGUUGUGUCUUCAGUAUGAUCAUGCCUACUUUCGGUACCAAACAAGGCCGGAAGCUUCUCUUGUCAACCUGCAUCAUGAUAGUAGUGGUUAACAUAACACCCAACAUCAUAAGCAACAUUAAAACCAUACUGCAGGUUAUUAAGUGCAUCUGCAAGAAUUCCUCUGAGAGUCUUUUGAACUCAACUGCUCUGCUAGAGACAGCUUCCUGGGAGUUGGGGGAUGCAAUCCAAGAAACUGCUCAUUCCAUUAAUAUUCAUAGGCCUAUGAAUGGACAUUUUCAGUUUUCAUUGCUUAAGAACAGCUCCUUCAUUUACCAACAAAUGCACCUUGCUGGUGAGAAAAUUGGGAGGGACUUCUUGGCUGUUGAGGUACUGGUCAAAGACUCUGUACGAGUAGGCAACAAGCUGGUUGCUGGCCUCUCCAUGCUCUACCUCUGUUUUGAGUCCACCUGGUAUCUGAAAAAUUAUCUCACCAACCUCCGCUUUGACAAUUUUUACAUCACCAAGAAGCUGGAGCGCUUAGCUGUGGACAGAAAAGCAGCUCAUCUGCUGGCGAGCUCAUCCAAAGACCUCAUUCGACCAACAGGCUUGAAGUUGUCCCGGGAAGAAGUGAUGCUGUGCCUCGUGCAAGCCAUGCUCCUCACUGUGGCCCUGAUGCUGAUGCUGGUGGUCAUGGCAAUGGACCACUUUGCGUUCAGCGUGGCAGACACUGCGGUGAGAAAGGCAGAUCAGUUCUCCGUGGUG